CGGCAGAACGACCCUGGACGAAAUGACAUGGGUUGUCACUUCCACUGUGAAACCGUUUCAAUGUGAUUUAGAUGUUAAACAUAUUUGCGAUAAUGUACCUUUAAAAAUCAGUCUACGGGAUAUUCUUGUUUUCUAAAACCACUCGGUGGCGUGACGUUGGAAACAAACGUUGGAUUCAUUGGGUAAUCUUGGUCACAUGGUAUGACACACCUCCGAGUAAAGGUGACGUCAAGGACGAGUGGCAACCAAUGAAGAGAAGCUUCUCCAUUAUAUGUCGGGCAUCAUUGUAUCGUUUAUAAUUGUAAAGAUUAACUUGUGUGUGUAAAUUUUUUCAGAGUAAGUUGUUACGUGUGUUUGUAGAUAUGUUUCGCCGGAUCUCCAGUGGGGUUUGCCAGACUUUACAUAACCAAAGUCUUCUACCAGUAUCAGCAUGCGGUGUAAGAAGCUUCCUGUCAAGUGCACGACCUUUCAGUUCACACACACCCGACGAAGAGCCCGAUAAAUCGGAAAAAAGAGAAGAGCAUGACUUCUGUGCAAUGGUUGAAAAGUUCUUCGACAAAGCUGCUGGUUAUCUUGAAGAUCGACUGGUAGAAGAAGUCAAAGGGAAGAACCUAACCAUUGAAGACAAGCGUAAACGGGUUCAGGGCAUCCUCAGGAUCAUUAAACCAUGCAACCAUGUAUUGGCACUUUCCUUCCCGAUAAAGAGAGAUAAUGGGGAAUUUGAAGUUAUCGAAGCAUGGAGAGCACAACACAGUCAGCACAGAACACCGUGUAAAGGAGGAAUCCGCUACAGUCCACUGGUAAACGUAGAUGAGGUCAAGGCUCUGGCCGCUCUCAUGACGUACAAAUGUGCUGUCGUUGAUGUUCCAUUCGGUGGGGCCAAGGCUGGAGUGAAGAUAGAUCCAACAAAAUAUUCUGAAAGCGAACUUGAGAAAAUAACCAGGCGUUUUGCUGUUGAAUUAGCCAAAAAGGGCUUUAUAGGCCCAGGUACUGAUGUGCCUGCUCCAGAUAUGGGAACAGGAGAGCGCGAGAUGGCUUGGAUAACGGAUGCCUAUACCAACUCACUGGGUCAUUUCGAUAUUAAUGCACGAGCUUGUGUCACUGGAAAGCCAAUUCCACAAGGUGGAAUUCAUGGGCGUAUCUCGGCUACAGGCAGAGGAGUUUUUCAUGGUGUGCAGAACUUCACAAAUGAAGCCAGUUACAUGAGCAUGAUUGGACUAACUCCGGGUCUUGGUGACAAAACAUUCAUUGUUCAGGGUUUUGGUAAUGUUGGACUGCAUAGCAUGCGAUACUUACACCGAGCUGGUGCCAAGUGUGUGGGCGUUAUGGAAUUUGAUGGCAGCAUAUACAAUCCAACUGAUGGAAUCCAUCCCAAGGAACUUGAGGACUACAAAAUACAAAAUGAGACGAUAGUGGGAUUUCCUGGUGCACAGCCCUACACGGAUAACUUGCUAUAUGAGAAAUGUGAUAUCCUUGUUCCCGCUGCCAGCGAGAAACAGCUCACCAAAGAUAAUGCCCAUUUGGUGCAGGCUAAGAUCAUCGCCGAAGGUGCCAAUGGUCCUACAACAAUAGAGGCAGAUGAAAUUUUCAUCAAGAACAAUGUCCUCGUGAUACCUGACUUGUACUUGAAUGCUGGUGGUGUCACAGUUUCAUACUUUGAGUGGCUGAAAAAUCUCAACCAUGUUAGCUAUGGCAGACUGACGUUUAAAUAUGAGAGAGACUCAAAUUACUAUCUUCUUGAGAGUGUCCAGCGCUCUUUAGAAAGAAAGUUUGGUAGACAAGGAGGUUCCAUUCCAAUUUUGCCAAGUGAGGAAUUUGAGCAGCGAAUUGCUGGUGCAUCGGAGAAAGAUAUAUGCCACUCUGGUUUAGAGUACACCAUGGAACGAUCUGCUAGGAAUAUUAUGCGCACAGCAAUGAAAUACAACUUGGGUCUUGACUUGAGGACGGCUGCUUUUAUUCAUGCAAUUGAGAAAAUCUUUGGUGUUUAUCAAGAGGCUGGCCUCACCUUCUCUUAGUGCUGGAAGACUUGAAUAAACGAUGUUAUACCAAAAACAUGAGCAGCUUCUGAAUGAACUUUUAGAUUUUCAGUAUAUGUACCGUAUUUACUAGUGUUACAUUUCUUUUUAAUGAUUACCAGAUUUUGUUAUGUGUGAAAUGGUUUGGUUGUUUAGGGUUUGAUAACGUCUACAUAUUUGUUUGCACACAUGCUAUGUGAUGGUAAUUUUAAGUCUAGUGCCUGAUUAAGCAAGACAUCCUUGUCACUGGACUCAUCCUAGUGUAACCAGAUGAUACUCUCAACGCACAAAGUACCGUUUUAGUUUGUUGCAGGAAGAAUGGAUUUAAGUAACUUUUAGUUAGUCUGGUCAACACAGAUUUUAGCCAUUAUUUUACAUAAUAUACUGAGGGCAAGAAAUAAGGGAACACCAAAUUAAAUGUUUUACUAGCAUAGUAAUGUUCAUGUAAAUUAGAAAGAUUUUGAAUGUUAGUAAUGUGGAUUGAGUGUAAUUUAGUUAACUUUGUUAUAUUAUGGUUUUGGUUGUAGUCACUCUUGGCUGUUAUUAGUCCCCCUACCGAUCCAACCAGAGUGGACUAUAAGUUUCAUCUCCGUCAUUCUGUCCGGCUGUCUCGCAUAUAGUUUUCCGGACCUUUUUUUGUUGUUGAAAUUUCUCAAAAUAAGAACUGAAAUUUUGUAUAUAGUUUUAUCAUGUACUGUUGCAGAUCAAGUUUGACUUUCAUGACAUUUUACCUAUUUU